CAUCCAAUAAUACAAGACAGCUGUAACACCAAAAGCAACAAGAGAAAAUAAUGCCUAUACCAGCCUAAUGCUUGUGUGUGUGUGUGUGCAAUAAUUGAAUUUGCUUGGACCAUUAAUGAUGUUCUAAAAGUUUAUAAAGAGAGGAAGUAUCCAUUCGGUACUUAAUGGAAUGUGAAUGCACAAUACUGGAGGAGAUAUAUGGUAAUAUUUUAACGGAUUCUUAUAAAAAAUAUAUCAGAAGAAGCGGAGAUCGGGCUGUCCACAAUGUCUUCUCAACAAGUAAUAUUUAUACUAGAUAUUGGAUAUUUUUAGUACGCUAAGAAAUUAUGGAUAAUCCCGGAUAAAAACAAUUAUUGUGAUCUGAUACGUGGUAGCUAAGGAGAUUUCCACAUAAAAUGAGCAGUAAAAUAAAUGUUGUUUUCUUCAGUUGAAGAUAUCCAGACUAAAAUUGAAUUAUGUAAUCAACAAAAUGUGGAAUUGUUGUACAAGAAAUUUUACGACAAGAAUAUGACAAUUUCGUGCAUAGAAAAAAGUAUGUUUACAAAAACACUACAAAUUAAAGCAUUGAAGGGAAUAAAGAGUGUUUUUGGUAUAACUGUAUUGUAUAAUGGAGACGAACAAGUGUCACAAGGAGUUUAUUAAAAUAAAAUCAUGUUGCAGUUAUUUCAACAAAUAUUUCAACAAAUUUGAUAAUUAUUUGAAUUGUUCAAAUAGCUAAAUAAAAUGGGGUCCGACAUCAUAUUGAACAUAAGUGUUUUAUUAGGAAAGUCAAUGUUCUUAAGUUUUAUCAACGUCUGGAAGAGUGUAAAUGCAACUACAAGAAAGUUCUGCACGUGAGAAGGUAAUUUUACCUGCACAAUUCAAUUUAUAAAACAAAGGAAACAACUCUAACAACUUAGUAUGAGCCUGACACCGUCCUCGUUAUAUACAGUGUGUCGUUGUUUACGGUAUGCUCGCCAUUUUUGUUGCAAAGCAAGUUACGUUUUAAAAAAUUUGUAGUGUUAGUUCAGAAAAAAAAUUAUGCAAGCAAGAAAGAAUCGUUUACAGUUGCCUUUUGUUAUCUGUGUGAGUUUUGUUUGUGUGGCGUAUUUUGUGUUUGCAUUGUGUACGAGCCAUUUCGAUCUGGAGAAGAAUAAUGAGCUAGCUGUUGAAGCUAAUAUCAAUCAAAACUAUCCAAAUAUCCGCCAGUUCAUCUUACAUUAUUGGCCGACUAGAAACAUUGGUAACACAGAGACAACGUUCUAUGAAAUGAAAUACGGACAGUCAAUAUUUUAUGAGAAAUUACCCUCUUGGGAUUAUAGAAACUUAUUAAAACAGACGCACGUGGCUCGAUAUAAAGCAUUUGAUCAGAGAAUAACUGGAUGUGAUUAUAAAGAAUUUGUUGAUAUUUUGGAACAGUUUAAAGCAUUGAGUGAUAUGAACAAUUUAACAUUUAUGUUGUACGGUGGGUCACUGCUUGGGUCGUUCCGACAUUUCGGUGUGAUACCAUGGGAUGACGACAUUGACGUCUUUAUGAACACGUCUGAUAAACAACGACUAUUGAAGGUGCUGGUAAAUACGUCUAAAUAUGCAAUACACUCGCCAUCAGAUAGGCAGUGGAAAUUUUACAAGAAACGAAAAAUUAACACAUAUAAUUGUACCGAUAAUUCCGAAGGGAAAAUGUAUGCAAAGCACAUAACAUGGCCAUAUGUAGAUAUUUUCUUUUUCUUGGAGAAUGAUACGCAUAUUUGGGACGAAAACUCGAUGUACAGCUCAACUUACAUUUUUCACAAGAAAGACAUAUUUCCCCUGACUUUUGGCUUAUUUGAACAUUUGAUUGUACACGUGCCAAGGUGCACGGAAAACGUAUUAUCAAAGACAUACAACAUUGAACUAUGUGUAACGUCAGUCUACUCGCAUAAGUAUGAGACGCAAAGUACGUCAUCACAGCUUAGUCUACCGUGCAAGCGUCUCUAUAACUUCUUCCCCUUUGUGUUUGGAGCAGUUACAGGGCGUAUUGUAUACCGGAAACUGGUGAUAAAUGGGAAAGUCCUGUACGGAACUAUAUCAAACAAUAUGGCAUGUUUGAAAACUUGACCACGUUUGAAAAUGACGUCAUAAUAGGCCAGGUCAACAUUAUUUACUAAACAAGACCGAACUUCGUUCAGAAAACAGAAUCGUAUAGUUUAUAAUUUUGAUGAUAUGCACGUGUCUUAUGUGAAUUUUUAAUAUUUUGAAAUGCUUUUCUUUGGUUCACUUGACAUUUAUUAGAUUUUAGAAUAUUAUGAUAACCAUGCGUAAUUGUAUAAGACGAAUUUAUCACAUUGUUUUUUUUUCAUGAAUGCGCUUGACAUAAAAGAAAACGUACAUUGUAUUUGAUUGUUCUCCAAGAGACUGCAUGUGUCUUUAUUAUUCGUUAUUUCCAUUGUUCGCUUUAUCUUGUGCUGAAAAAAACAUCCGAAUAAACUGUUCAUUUUAUUGAUUUACCAAUAAAAUUUAC